GUCAGACCUCGUGAGUUAAUGCGGUGCUGCUGAGUCCUCACAGUCAGAAGACAGCUGGAGCUCAUCGCUGUGUCCUCGUGGAGCUGCAGGGUGUGAUUCGUCCAUCUUUUUAACAAGAGACAUGGGUCCCGUGACUGGUCUGGCCAUUGCAGCAGGUGCAGCGGGAGCUGUGGUUGCUGCUCCUGUUGUUUUGGGGGUUGCAGGGUUCACCUCAGCUGGAAUAGCAGCCGGCUCAUAUGCUGCAGGGAUGAUGUCCUCUGCAGCGAUUGCCAAUGGAGGAGGAGUGGCAGCUGGAAGUGUGGUGGCUGUUCUGCAGUCAGCAGGUAUGGCUGGUCUAUCAACGGCUGCCUCUGCAGCUGUGGGUGGUGUUGGAGCAGCAGCAGGAUACGUAGCAAGUCUCUUUUUUUGAAGAAAUGUUACAGAAAUCCCGUGUCUGCUUUUUGAAAUUGACAAUGCUGUUGCGCAAUGUUCUUGAGAUCUACAAAGAGAUCUACAAAGUGUUUCAGCAUAAUGUUCAUUUCCCUACAUGAUUCUUGCUCCAUCGUUCAGCUUAUUAAAAAAAAAACGUCUGAACAAAGCGUUCAUGGUCAUUUGGUCUUUUGCAGCUGAAGCUGAAUGGGUCUGACCAGUUUAGGAAUGUUGUUUAUUUUCUUUUUCUGAUAUUACAGUUGACAGAAAAACAUUGCA